AUGGUUGGCAAGAACCAUAAGGUCAUUGAAAUCAACUUCCCAAGCCAGGAAGAUUGCGAGGAGGCUCUGAACAAGGAACUCGUCUUACAAGGGAAGAUAAUCAAGGUGAACAAGGCUUUGGACAAAAAUGCCAACGUCCUCAGAGUAGGUGUCUCUGAGCUUCCUUACAAAACUGAAGAAGUUUUGAAGCCUUUGAUGGUGAAGACUUUCCAAAAAUAUGGGGACAUUCUCAAUCUUGGUCUUAGCUAUACCAAGGAUGGUGAUUGGUUUACUGGUCGCGGUUUUGUCACUCUAAAUAGGGACAAAUUAAAGAGUUAUGCAGCUGAACUUACCCCUCAGAUCCAGUUUGGAGAUUUCAAGGAGAAGCUACAUUUGGUUUGGAGUAACAUGAACCCAAUUUGUCAAGACUGUCACACUGAUGAUCAUAUCAAAGCAGAUUGUCCUCGAACAAAGAGGAAAGCAUGUUUCCGAUGCGGAAGCUGGGAACGUCUCAUCGCCGGGUGUCCAUUAGCCUUAUGGUGUUAA